AUGACCCAGUCUCGCUUAACAGAUAUAGAAUAUGAUAGGUUGGUGCUGCAGUUUGCCCACGAUAAAAAUUCUAAAUACUACAAACUCUGUCAUAACCAAGAAAUCGUGAAUUAUCUCCAAAUCAACAGGAAAAGAGGGCUCUAUAAUUGCAAUCAUUGCAAACACAGCUUUGCCAAUGUUUAUGAACUAGCUUUGCACUUUGAUUUUUACAAUGUCAACCGCCAAUACUACUGUGACUCUUAUGGUUGUCCUUACGCCAUUUUGGGGUUUGCCAGCAGCAAUGAAUGCAAUCGUCACUUGAAUUCUGUCCAUGGUGAAAAAAACCAUGUUUGCUGUGAAUGUGGGGUUAAGUUCAGUAGAAUCGACCAAUUGAACGCCCAUGUAUCAAGGACUCAUAGGAACCCUCAUAGUCGAUUCAACAAAAAAUUGUCAAAACAGAACUCCACUGGUAAGUUUCGAAAUAACUUUCCUGUGGACUCUUUAUCAUCAUCAAUUCUGGCACCAUCUAGCAGUCCAUCAAUAAUGAUGCCACAACAUCAACCUUUGUCCCUUAAGACCCCAUAUCCAUCUGCUCCUUCUUCGCCUUGCUACCCUCAAAGCUACCAACUACCCCCAAUUAACCCUCACUUUACAGGUAUUGACAAGUCUACAAAUGUCUUGCCGUCAAUUUCUACCCUCGAUUCAAGAUUGGUAUCUCAUCCAAUGAGAUCGCAUUCUAAUCCCUUAAUUGAUUACUUUUCUACAAUACCACAAUCUGUGGAUAAUACGAUGCCACUAAGUGGCACUGGUUUUACCUACUCUGAUCAUGAUAAUUCUGCGAGCCACCAAGAAGAUCGGUCUAACAUUAAUGGAACGGAAAGAUAUCACCAUUAUAACACUACCAAAGAUAAGAAACGAAAUCAAUUGGUAAAGAAGACCAGUAAAUUGAAAAUCAAUUAUCUAAUCAAUUGA